UGUCAUCCAUUCAACAGUGACGGACGUACGGAGUACUGUUUUUCGCGUUCUCCGUGUUGUGCUGGUAGUUUUAUCAGUCUGUUUCAGGCUAGAUAGUGUUUAUUCUACCGAACUCAACCAAACAAAAUUGUGCACCAAUCAUGUCAAUUUACGUCGUCAACUUAGCAUAGUUAAAUUCCUGCUAUUGUGCUUAAGGAUAAAGAAUCGUAAUUCAUUGAUACCUUUUUUACGUCAACCAUCAAUACAGAAAUUAUAUUUUGAGCUGUUUGUUUUUUCAUCAGCACCGAUUACCUACCAGUAGACUUGUUGAUUAGAAUUAGUUAAAAUUAGUACGAUUCACACGAAGCGGGUUGUCGUUCGCGAAAUUGCAUCUAACCCUGAUUGAAUUGAGUGAACGUGAGCAAGGAUUGGGUCUAUUGCGUUCCAAAUAUUGACAGGGCAUAGAAAAGUUGCCAUUAGUGACUGAUUCAAGGCAACGCACCUCUGAACCGUGCUGUGCAUCAGUGUGAGUUGGGUCUCCAUUUGGUUGACCGCUGGGAUGUGCUCGGAAUGCGAACGUAGGAGCCAUUCGUAGCACAGUGUAGAGUCCAAUCUUAUCCAGCAGCCAGGAUGAAAGCAGUUGCAUGAAGCAAUGAUCUCCUGGGUUGCCUUUAACGGUAUUUACUAAAUUAGUAAUACAAUCAAGUGUUAUACAGAAAAAACAAAAAUCAUUGAUUUGAAUUCGGAGUUACUUCAGGAAAAAACAGUGUGACAACGAUCUGUAACCAGCAAAACAAACUGCUAUUAUGGGCAACAUAGCAUCGUCGAGCACAAAACUUGCGGAGAAAUGUCCAAUGCUCGAAAAAAGCGAGUUGCCGUUAGUGGCCAACUCGUUUCGUAUGGCAAGUAAAAACUCCGACAAAUGCAAAGAAGAAGAUCUUAUGAAAUUUUGGGGAUCACAAAUGGACCCGAGGCUAGCCCAAUACAUAACCAAUUUUCUUUUUGGCCCGCUGGGAACUCGUGUUGGAUUUGUAGAGCUGCCAAGGUUCGCGGAGCUUUAUGUAUACACAGUGCGAGGAACAGGCGAUGAACGAAUCAACGUACUGCUCGCUAGUCUGGGUCAAACUCCCGAGUCAGAGUCGACAGAAAUCGCUUACCCACUGAUAAAGGAGUACGUGGAGGCAGUCGUUAGCAGCUAUAUGCGAGCAAUAAGACUUGAAGGUGGACCAGAAUUCAAAUCGUGGGAGUCACGUGGAUUCCGCAUUGUGAAGGAAUGCAUACAAAAGUUGGCGGAAAGUUUGGUUUACGAUGUAGUGCAGCAAGGCACACAAAAAGUCACACGAGCUGACGCGGAAAGAUGGCUCAGCAAAAACCCCAUCUUUCUCAAAAUGCUGGAGCACGUGUUUUCCCACUUGUACAACUAUCGAAUUGUGAAAAACAGUUCUGACGACAAACGGAAAGAUGAUUCGGAGGAUGGUAAGGGCAAAAAGAAGGAAAGUGUGCCCCAGCAAGAGGUAGUGCUGCAUGCUAUGUUGCCGCUCUGCGAAGGUUUGCAGUACAUGCCGGACUAUCCCGCCUUCACCGAUCUCUCGCAGAUGCUUUUUAUCAACGCAAAUCUCCCAACGGCACAACAGAACAAGUGGCGCUUUCUAUUUUCCUCCCAAAUACACGGAGAAAGUUUUUCCACGCUACUUGGUCGCAUUCUUGAUCAAGGACCUACCGUCGUAAUAGUGGAGGAUAGCAAUGGACAUAUUUUUGGCGGAUAUGCAACGGAAUCGUGGGCAGUGGGUCCUAAUUAUGUGGGAAACGAUACCUCUUUUCUGUUUACGUUGCGACCCAAAAUGCGUUGCUUUCCAGCCACUGGCUACAACGAUCACUAUCAAUAUUUAAAUUUGCACCAACAAACGAUGCCGAAUGGCAUGGGUAUGGGAGGUCAGCAUGACUACUGGGGUUUGUGGCUGGACAGCGAGUAUGGUGUCGGCGAAUCUUCCGAAUCUUGUACCACCUACAAAGGAUACUUCCAGCUGAGUGCCACUAAGAAAUUUACCGUCCGAAAUGUUGAGGUAUGGGGCGUCGGCGUUAAGCCAGUAAAGGAAACCGAUUCGGAGGAUGCGGGUUCUCGAUCAAUCCUGGAUGGCAACGAAGAUAGUAAAGCGAUGCUGAAAAUGAGUGGUCGUGAGCAGUAUUCCGACGGGUAUCGAGAAGAGCCGAGAGACUAAAAAUUGAGAUCGAACGCCAGAAAAAAGCAGCAGAAAAAGUUUUGCUCCCCGGAAAUUAAUCUGGUGGAUGUGUUGGAUACGUUCAAUUUUAAUUUUCUCUAGAUCAUUUGAAUAUACAAUGCUCACAUUAGUAAUUCAUCAAUAGGCAACUACGAAAUGUUGAAAGUGCGUUAAGUUGAUAGUAUUCAUUGUUUUACUGCGCCCUGUGAUUAUAUAUUUUCUCUCUAUCUGGCGUUUGCGAAACACAAAUUAUGAUUUGCGCUAAUUACCUUCUGUGAAACGUACACCACCUUAGUUAGCAUAGCUCCUUAGCGAACUAUUGAUUAGGUAAUGUUUGACGUAAGCUUCUAGAUGUGAGUUUAAUGUGAAUAUAAUUGUUGCGAAAUAAUCGUAUGUCAGAGCAAAGUAGAAUAAACAAUUGCCGAAUCUAUGCAAUUAUAUAUUAUAUUUUGAACAGUACACUGAGAGAGACUGUACGCUUAGCACAAUUUGUCGUAGAGUAAUUUGUUCUUUGGUUUGAAAAAUGAUUCCCACGCAACUCAUAUUACUGCAACCUUAGUUUGCUAAACGUAGCUCAUCAGAUGUAAAGCGAAUGAUUUCAUUUGUGUGCCAUACAAAAUUGAAUGACAAAUUAGUAAUGAACAGCAAAGGUUAAGGUUUCGAAAAAAAGUGUUGAUUGUGAAGGCAGCAUAUCUAAAAACGAGUUUGAGAUGAAAGCUUCAAAGAAGCCAAUUAAUUAAUGUCAUUUACAGUCUAUGCAAUACAUAGGCAAAUUAGCCGCAAGCACUGUGAAGAUAAAGAUAAUGAAAUGAUGAAA